UUCAACAAGUACAUGGGGGGUGUUGACAGUCACGACCAGUUACGCCUGCAAAGGUACAAAUACUACAAGACUGUUUUCUACGGGCUUCUCUACAUAGCUGUUAUUAACGCUUUUAUCACCCACCGUGAGUACACGAAGCUGGUGGGGGGAAAACCUCUUUCACAGGCGGAUUUUCGCAUUCAGCUACACGAGGAGCUACUCGCUCUCGGAGAUGAUGACUUCCUGGACACGGUG